GUGGGUGUAAUGAGCGUCGAUGUCGAUGUCACUGACAUGGACAUUAAUCAAUGCGACCAGCUGUCAGUGGGGGAGAACGUAUCCAUGUGGCAGAUGGAAGCCUUCCUAGGAACACACAAGUGUCAUAAUCGAACAAGCAAGUGUGUUUUCACGCCUGGUUUCGGCUGGAUGCGUGGUUCUUAUAAGUGCCAGUGCAGAGAUGGUUUCUAUUCAGCUACGGGAAAACCCAUCUUUAAUGGAUCCCUAGUUGAAUCCGCAUACAAAGACAAGAUAACCCUGAAUAGCCCUACCUAUGAUAUGCUUUAUAUAUGUAAACGAUGUCAACCAGGCUGUGAUGUAUGUGAUGACGACUCACCUUGCCUUGCCAAUUACAACUGGGCUUUCAGGAUAUCUUUGCUGACAAUUUCUGUGAUUUGUAUCUUCUUGACUUCAGUGUUGGCCUUUUAUGUCUAUCGAUACAGGAAACUCAAAGUAAUUAACGUAGCCAGUCCCAUUUUCCUCUGCAUAACGCUAUUGGGUUGUGUUAUCAUGUAUUGUGAGAUGGCUGCCAUAUUCCCUGUUUUAUCAAUGUACAGCUGCAUAGCAACUAAAUGGACCCGUCAUAUGGGAUUCUGUCUCACAUACAGUGCUCUGCUUCUCAAGACUUGGAGGGUUUCCUUGACAUACCGGGUAAAAUCAGCGCACAAACUGAAGCUCACAGACAAACAGCUUCUGCAAUGGCUUUUUCCCAUUCUCCUAGUGAUGGCGAUCUACCUGGGAACAUGGACGAUAUCUUCACCCCCAGAAGCAGUCUAUAUCAAAGACUGGGACAACCUGAAGUUCAAGCAAUGCGAUUACAACUGGUGGGACCAUAGCCUGGCCAUUGGUGAAUUUCUCUUUCUUUUGUGGGGCAUCCGAGUGUGUUACAACGUUCGGAACGCCGAAUCCGUGUUCAACGAAGCGAAGCACAUUAGCUGGGCUGUUCACAGUAUUACGAUUGUUAAUAUCAUUAUGGUCAUGAUACAUCUUGUCAUCUUUCCCAAUGCAGGCCCGGACAUCAAAUAUCUUUUUGGUUUCAUACGAACUCAACUCAGCACAACAAUCACUGUUAUACUCAUCUUUGGACCCAAGUUUUACAGAGUUAUUAAAGGUCAGGGCGAUGUCUGGGAUAAUAGGGCAAGAGCCCGGGGCGUCACAGCUUCUUUCUCGCUCAACGGAGUGGGCCCCGUGUAUGAAGAACCUCAAGAUCUCUAUCAAGAAAACGAAGAACUCAAGGAAGAAGUACAAAAAUUAGCUUCCCAAAUUGAAUUCAUGAAAAUAGUACACAUGGAAGUGAAUAAUCGACACCUGAAGCCAAAACAUGGUGGAUUCUUCAGCCAGUCGACCAGUAACCAAAGUCCUGUCAUUAAGAAUAUCUACAUGAAAUUCGAGAGCACAGAUUCUCCUGGAUCGCGUAUAUCUCCAGCAGCCGAACUCGUUAGCGAAAAGGUAUGAAAAUUCCCAACCGAGACCAAAUGAAAACAAUAAAUCUAAAAGAAAUUUCACCUGGAAGCAAGAAUUGUGGAUUCUUCUUCCUGUUGUCUUAGCUCCGAGAACAGCCAUUUUCGAGAGGAUGAGGCAUUUUAAAUGAGGAUUUUCGAAAAGGUGGUCAUUUUGAAGGGAAGCAUAAUCGACAAUGGAACAACUUUUUGAAGAAUAUUCUGCCACAAAAUACAUCUCGCUGUUGAGAAAGCAUGCCUGUUUCCGUUGAGCGACAGAAAGAAGUAGUUUCCGACUAUAAGAAUUCUCUAUUAGGCGAAACACUGAAAAACAUUCUUAUCAUGUAAAUGUCAAUAUAACAUCACUUCAUAUAAUCCUAUCUCUGGUGUGUUAGCGUCCAUCUAUGUUGAUUCGGAGACUAUAACUCGCUUUAAAGAGCAGUUAAAUUCCAGUAAGUUAUACACAUUAAUUAUCAGAAGCGUUUUAUUUUGUUUCGGAGAGAAGUAUUAGUUUAAAUAAAAUAAAUCUUGAACAUACUAUUCAAAAUAAUGUAAAGUUAUCAUAUAUAUAUCAAAGCUGCCAUUAAAUAAAUAUUUUAACUUCUUCUACCAAGCAAUAGUUAUUUAACAAAUGACGUAUUUUAUCUUCUUUUUUAAAAAUAAAUUUUGACAAACGAUAUUUGCAACUCAUUUUUCUGAUAUUAUAUAAUAUUCAUUAAAAUACUAUAAUGCAUGUGAUUCAAUUUGAUAUUCAGAUUUUAUUAGUAUUGUAUUAAUAAUUCAAAGUAACUUUUAAAUUUAUAUGUAUACAUAUAUACA